UUCGUGUGUGGCCGGUGUGUGAGUGCAUGUCCCUAUAUUCAUGUUUGUGUGGCUGAUUGCAGUAGCAAUGCCUUCACGGGUAGCCUCAGUAGCGAGAGAAAGCGAAAAAAUGAGUUGUUAUCCUGUGAUACUUGCACUAAUUUUUUUACAUUGUUUCCUUCCCAAAUGCAGGGAGCUUGCAAAAGAUUUUGUUGUUGCUGGUACUGCAUCAGAAUCCCUUUAUGGUGCCUGUGAAUCAAUGUUCAAGCCUGACAUGGAACCUGAAGAAUUGUUUGAAACCAUCUCUCAAGCGCUGUUGUCAUCAGUAGAUCGUGACUGUUUGAGUGGUUGGGGAGGACACGUCUAUGUUGUUACACCAACGGAAGUUACAGAAAGGAUGUUGAAGGGAAGGAUGGACUGA